AUGUCCGAAGGCGAAAAAGUGAGGACCUCUGGAGAGGUCUCUCGUCCGGAGCCUACCCUGCCCACCGUCAAUCCCGCCGUCGAUAAGACGGAGCCCCCCAAGGCAGCAUUUCACCCUGCUGUCUAUGUCGGUGUCUGGAUUACCUUGAGCUCCAGCGUCAUUCUGUUCAACAAGCAUAUCCUCGAUUAUGCUCAGUUCCGCUUCCCUAUUAUUCUUACAACAUGGCAUCUGGCAUUCGCGACCUUCAUGACCCAGCUUCUUGCCCGCACCACAACUCUGCUCGACGGACGGAAAACCGUGAAGAUGACUGGCCGGGUGUACCUCCGUGCAAUUGUCCCGAUCGGUCUGUUCUUCAGUCUGAGCUUGAUUUGCGGUAACGUGACUUAUCUGUAUCUGAGUGUUGCCUUCAUCCAGAUGCUUAAGGCUACAACCCCGGUUGCUGUCCUGUUCGCCACUUGGGGCAUGGGUAUGGCUCCUGUCAACCUCAAGGUGCUCAUGAAUGUGAGCAUUAUUGUUCUUGGUGUCAUCAUCGCCUCUUUCGGUGAGAUCCGGUUCGUCUUCACCGGAUUUCUCUUCCAGCUCGGUGGUAUCGUCUUUGAGGCCACUCGCCUGGUCAUGGUCCAGCGCCUUCUUAGCUCUGCCGAGUACAAGAUGGACCCUCUUGUCUCCCUUUACUACUUCGCCCCUGUCUGUGCUGUCAUGAACGGUGUCACUGCCCUGUUCCUCGAGGUUCCGAACCUCACUAUGAACCACGUCUACAACGUUGGUGUGUGGACAUUGCUGGCCAAUGCCGUUGUUGCUUUCCUCCUUAACGUCUCUGUUGUAUUCUUGAUCGGCAAGACUUCUUCCCUCGUCAUGACCCUCUGCGGUGUUCUCAAGGAUAUCCUUCUGGUCAUCGCCUCCAUGAUGAUCUGGCAGACUCCCGUCACCCUUACUCAGUUCUUCGGCUACUCUGUUGCUCUCGUCGGUCUCGUUUACUACAAGCUUGGCGGUGACAAGAUCAAGGAGUACACUGGCCAGGCCAACCGCGCUUGGGCCGAGUAUGGCGUCAACCACCCCGCGCAACGCAAGUUCAUUGUGUUUGGGGCCGUUGUCCUCAUUCUCUUCCUUCUCAUGGGAUCCAUGGCCCCUAGCUACGCCCCCGAGUCUGUUGCUAGCGUCAAGGGAAUGCUUGGCGGAGCUACUGCUGGAAAGGUUUAA